AAGUCAUCCGAUCGGACUCGGCCGAUCGGAUCAUCAAUUACGGUCUCGGUGUCCGGACUGACUACUGCAGCAAUUACAAGCCUGUUUUGAAAUCGUGACUUGGUUAUAUGAGGCUUCCAGUUCGAGGUUCUGGGAGACUAGCCAGCCAUCCCAUUAUCGCAGCUCCAUCUCCAUCAUUGCACACGUGCAUUAGAGAUAAUGGCAAUCUACUCAAAGAAACCAGUACCCAAGGGGGCCUGGGACACACAUCACCACAUAUUCGAGCCUGAGAAAUUCCCCUUUGCUCCCGGUCGACAUUUCACGCCCUCAGUAGCGACGCUCGAGGAUCUGAACGCCUUCGAGAAAUCCAUAGGCGUCGACCAUGUAUGCAUUGCCCAUGGUCUUUCCUACGGGCCUGACUGUACUUCGUUGCUCUACUACCUGAAGCAGUUCAAUGACGAGGCCCGUGGAAUCUGUGUCAUUGACGAGAACUCUGUCACAGACGAGACGCUCGACUUGUACCAUGCUGCCGGCAUCCGCUCUGUCCGCCUCGACUUCUUCAAGCACCAGGCCAUGAACGAUCUGGAGAAGCAAGUGGCCUUGAUUGAGGCCACAGCCGCGCGACUUGCAAAAUGGGGCCCGAAUGGCUGGAGUGUACAAGCACAGCAGCCCCAUGUUGAGUACUGGCCCCGUCUGAGAGCGGUGGCUAAGACGCUUCCCGUUCCACUGGUCAUUGAUCACAUAGGUCUUUUGAAAGGAGAGAGUAUGGCAGAUGGAUCCCCUGAUGUUACAAAAGCGUCCGACUUUGCGGAGCUUCUAGGAGCACUAGCGGAUGGAAAUCUGUGGAUGAAAAUCUCGGCACCGUAUCGCAACUCAUAUCAGGAUUUUGAAUAUCUUGAUCUGAAGUCCAUGGUCACUAAAAUGGUUGAGGCAAACCCAAAACGUGUGGUUUGGGGAAGUGAUUGGCCUCAUACUCAGAGGCAUCAGGAUCGGGUCGGCAAGGAUCCUUCAGCUAAGGAGCCGUUCUUGAAAAUCGACAGUGCCAAAUGGAUUGAAUCUUUGAGUACUUGGCUCUCGGAUGAGGAAUGGCAGGCCCUGUGGGUUGAUAAUCCACGGAAGCUCUACGAUUAUUAGACUUAGGCUCAAUGAAAAAACAAGAUUUUGUAAUUGAUAGUUCUGAAAUCCUCUUGCUAGUACGGCUCUCAGCCUGUGAUUGAAGCCAAAAGUAGUCCUGGGAAGGCUGGCGAGGUUAUUUACCCACAGAGGCUAGAAACACAAGAUGUUACAAUAUUGUACGG